UAAAACAAAAGCAAUAAAAAUAUUCCAAAAAAAAAGCUAGCCCCAGUUUCUAGAGAGAGAGAGAGAGGAGAGAGAAACGAGGAGGGCGAGGGGUCCGAAAAUGGGCAACAACAAGCCAGCAGAGCCCAAGAGGAAGAAGAAAGGCCGCCCCUCUCUCCUUGAUCUCCAAAAACGCAGCCUCCGCCUCCAAAAACAACAGCAAUCCCGAGUAAACCCUAACCCUAAUCCUAACCCCAAUCACUCCCUCCGAUCCCCCGUGGCCGCUAAGUCCCUCCGCCGCUCCACCCGCCGGAACCCUAACCCUAACUCCGACGACGACGAUGGUGACAGUUCCAAUGACACGAGGAGAGAGAAGAAGAUCAAGCUCGUCCACCGAAUUCAGGACGACGCCGAUCAAGAAAAGGGAGAAGGGAACAAUCCCUCGAAAGGGACCGAUGACAAUGCUCUUCGAGCAGGGGAGAUCCCGUCAGAUUUGGGACCCACAACACCUUUGCCUGACAAAAAGUUGUUGGAGUUCAUCCUUGAUAGGCUCCAGAAGAAAGAUACUUAUGGUGUUUUCUCUGAACCCGUGGACCCUGAAGAGCUUCCUGACUACCAUGAAAUAAUUGAGCACCCAAUUGAUUUUGCGACGAUAAAGAAGAAGCUUUCAAGUGGAGCAUAUUCAAACUUGGAACAAUUCGAGGAGGAUGUUUUCUUAAUCAGCUCAAAUGCUAUGCAGUAUAAUGCAGCUGACACCAUAUAUUAUCGACAGGCACGGGCCAUCCAAGAACUUGCGAAAAAGAAUUUUGAGAACUUAAGGCAAGAAAGUGAUGAUGAUCAACCAGAGCCAAAGAUUGUUGCCAGAAGAGGUCGACCUCCUACUAAAAACAUCAAUCGAGCAGUUGGAAGGCCUGAACAAGUUUCUGAUUUCUCUUCCAAUGAAACCUUUGCAAGUGUUGGAGAUGGCCCUCACCUGUCUAACCUUGCCAACAAUUUAUCAAGAAAAGGAUCAGCGCCAGAAAGGCCUGGCCUCAGUUCUGUAUCUGCAAGAUCUCCUUAUAAUCUACGUCAAACUGAGCCAUUUCGAUGGGCAGGUUUGCGCAAAUCGGAGUCAAAUGAAGAAUAUUCAGGCUAUGGACCAAAAGGGAGUUCCACAAAAUAUGGGAAGAUGUCUGUUGUAGAUGAAAACCGGAGAAAUACAUAUAAUCAACCCCAUCCAUCAGCCUUUGAAGAACCAUCAAUAUUAACUGCUUUUGAUGGAGAGAGGAAGCAACUGAAGCCGAAUGGUCUUCAUAUUCAGCAUUCUUAUGCCAGAAGUUUGGCUCACUUUGCUGCAAAUCUUGGACCCAUUGGCUGGGCUAUAGCAGCCAAAAAGAUAGAAAGGGUACUUCCACCCGGUACCAAAUUUGGCCCUGGGUGGAUUGAAGAGAGUGAAGCUCCAAAAUCGCAACAACCCCAGCCAACUUUGAUGCCUGCAUCUCCACCAUUUGCUUCCUCUUCUUCACCUAAUGUUUCUACUUGCCCCCUUUUAUCUAGGAGCAAUGAAGUCGUUCAGGAGGUGCGAUUGCCUUCUAAUGAUUUGGCCACAGAAGUAAACCAUUUGCGAAGAACUCAGCCACUUGCCUCUACAUCCAUGGCCUCGAAUAGAUCUGAGACUGUGGUGGUUGAUUUCAAAGCUCCUGAAAGUUCAAAUCAUGAAGGUGAUAAUAAUAAUACUGCGUCCAAGAACCCCUUUCCCCUUAAUCAAAAUUUGAGGAUGCAAUCCAAUUUUAAUGGAUGUAACAUUUUUGGGUUUAAUGUCCCUUCCAAAGUUGGGUCGAUGGUGAUACCAACUAGGCCUUCAACGCUAUUUUCUUCAGAUGCACAGACGACUCGUUCCCGAGCACUUGAUAUGGUUUCUAGAAACAACACUGUCAGCAACAACAGUUUUCAGCAUCAACCUCACAUGAGAAGUUUAGAUGCAGAGAGAGCAAAAUUAGUUGGGAGUUCAGGCCAUAAUCAAAUGGAGCAGGAUUUUGUUCCUCCUGAUCUUAAUGUGAUGGUUGACACCCAGCAACCUGAUUUGGCCUUGCCAAGGUGGAUGAAGAAUAUUGUUGCUAAGGGGACGUAAUUGAUCUUUUUCCAGUACCAGAGUUAUGGUGUAAAAGCUUAGGGCGGUCGACUGUACAGAUUAAUUAAUGUAGUAGAAAAUCAUAGUUUUUCAGAUUAAUCUCAUUCGUAACAUUCGGAUGCCUGACUUGGUGGAGGAAGGAUUCUGGCUUCUGAUAUUCAACCAAUUUUCCUCCAUGCUUGGAAUACGCACAAAGCUGAAGUCCGAAAGCAAGGGUGUACCUAGAAUUAUAUCUGACUAAUUAAUUGACUGUUCUUUUGCCAUCCUUGCUUGACUUCGUCAUUCAAACUGAGUUGCUUCAGUAUCAUCCAGAGCAAAGAACAUCCUUAUAGAAGAAGAGCAAUGACAGGUUUGCUCAAAAUUUUUGAGCCCAGACUGACUUUUCCUCAUAACAAAUUUAUAUGAUAUUUUCAUCAUCUUCAAAUUUUUUGUAUA